UGUAAAUAAGGAAGUGUUGUGAAAGGCGAGGAAACAGCUGCCCGGUCGUGUGCACGAGGUGUGAGAAUUCCAUGGAAACGGUAUGCAGGUUUGUCACAAUGCUCUUUCAAGGUUUCGUCGGAAUAUCUCAAGACAAAAGUGGUCUUGCGAUGCAUGCCAGUCAAACACAUCACUGAAACUGAGCAAGACUUUCAGCUACCCCUGUUGUAGUCUUUUUCUGCAGUUUCUCCGACACUUUACCGAUUCAAAUACUUCGGUAUAGAUUUGAUACUGUAAACGUUUGAUUUACACAACUGUAUCCGCAGUCGCUUUCAAGUGUUAUUUACAAUCACCACGACAACAAGAUAGAAGGACAUCGCUGAUGGUAGGAUGCGUUUGACAACGUGUGGAUUGGGAUGCAGAAGGCCGAAGCGUUUUCUCAUCAUCUGUGUCCUGCUGCUGCUGUUCCUAGGAUGCUUCUACUUAGCCCAGGUCGUCCACGAGAUCAUCCGCGACAUGAAAUGCUCCGAGCAGGAGUCAAAGGAGGUGCUUCAACAGUAUUGUCAGAUGUACCACGACAAGCGUAUAGUUGGCGAUCUGUGCCCUCAUCUUUGUGACAAUGACCGAACAAUACAAUAUAAACAAUGCACAAACUAUCGUCAAGGAAAGCGAGUUUUCAUCGUCCGUUGCCAUGACUACUGUCAAGAAGGAGAUACAGUAAGCGCUGUCCUGAAAACAAAUCACAAGAACUUCUCUGACUUUCUGAACGAGGAAUUCUCCUUCGAAAGAGAAGAUCAAGAGAAAAACGGUCCAUCAGUUGAUCAACUGCAGACCAUGAUUAAAGACACUUUGCAAAUGGACCUACAUAUGAACUUACCAGAAGGGACGGACCCAAUAGCAUUCAUGUGGAAAGACAAUUAUUUAGACUAUUAUAACAAAAAUGAUAAAAGCAGCCAGUUUGCUCUAGCAAGAUCAAUAUGGUCAUUGGUUCGUCAGUGGGAGUAUUUGAUGAUGAGAGCUAAUCAGGAACACCAGUUCAUGCCACACAUCUAUGGGACCUGUGGGCCGCUGUAUCUAAUGGAGUAUGCCCCUCCAGGGGAGAUGCUCGGGCAUGAUGUUCAGUUCACGAACCUCCCCUGGGUUGAUAGAGCCAAGGUGGCCAAGAGCAUUCUGGGUAUUUUAUGGUCGAUCCAAGAGGAUAUGCAUGAGCCUGUACACUUGUGUGAUGUGAAGGGAGAGAACUUUGGGGUUUCGGAGACUGGUCAGGUGAAACUGAUUGACACGGACACAGUAUUUUAUGACAGUAAGAUGAUGGAUGAGCUAGCCUUCGGGAACUGUUCCCGGAACAAGGAGUGUGACUUCUUUGACUGCCGUGGAUGGUGUGAUCCCGGGACAGGUCAGUGCGCCAAGGUGCGCAUCAACAACAACCUACAGAGUGUGUGUCAGGAUGUGUUCCUUGGCAAACUCAUGGACUCCGUCGGAGGUCUACUCAGGAAUCCCCCUCGUGCCAUCAAGGCUCAACUCAAAUCAAUCCUGGACAAAUGUGCUUUCAGUCAGACCUCCGAAGAUGGUAUCCCCGUCCAAAAACCAUCAGAGGAACUUUACUGGCGCCUAUAUAACCUUCUACAGAACAGCAUUGACAGCCAGAGUUAGCAGAUUACCAUGCUUAUUCAGAUACCCUCAGUCCCACUUUGAAGGCAAGGAUAAGGUUGACUUAGACGUAUUCAACACACCAUUUAACACUCACCAUGAUCACCCGUGAAUAUAUAUGGUCGCCAUGCAGUGCGUGAAACAUAUUCCCUAUGAAGUGCGUGAUUACAUAUGACCACUAUGCAGUGCAUGAAUACACACGGUCGCUAUGCAGUGCAUGAAUACAUAUGGCCGCUGUGCAGUGUAUGAAUACAUAUGGUCGCUAUGCAGUGCAUGAAUACAUAUGGCCACCAUGCAGUGCAUGAAUACAUAUGGCCGCUAUGCAGUGCAUGAAUACAUACAGUUGUUAUGCAGUGCAUGAAUACAAAUGGCCGCUAUGCAGUGCAUGAAUACAUAUGGUUGUUAUGCAGUGCAUGAAUACAUAUUGCCGCUGCAGUGCAUGAAUACAAAUGGCCGCUAUGCAAUGAAUGAGUACACACGGCCGCUUUCCAGUCAGCCCCAGUUGUAUUCAACAAUUCCGCGGUCAUGGAAUAUUUCGAAGAAAUGCCCACUUGGUGCAGGAAUCUACCUAUCUUGCAGCAAAUCACUUUUUGUGCAGAACUCGUGCAGAAACUUGCAUUAAACAGCUGCAGAAUUUGUCAAAUGCACUGCAGAAUUUUAUCAUGUGAGUCAAAAGCUGGUUUCAAACUUGUAAACAGAUAUUUAUUUUGUUUUGAAGUGAAGUUGACUUUUGUAUUAUUGCUUACUGAAAGUGCAUGUCUGUACACCAGUGAUCGCUAGAUUCACUUCCAUGAGCUAUUUUAGCCGUGAAUAAGUUUGUCUUGAAAAUGCCUGCCUCAGGUCAAAACUACAAAUAGUCAUGAAAACUAAGGUUGAAAUCUGCAGAAUUGUGUCCAGAAUGGUCAAAUUUCGUUGCAGAAAUUACAAACAUUUACCGCAGAAUUUUGAUUUUGGGGCCGAAGAAUACUGCGGAGUAAUGUGUAUAGUUAGUAAACUGAUAUGAUGAGGUCGUUUAUGACUCAUGGAAGGUCAAUUCUACCAUGCAUUGAAAUAUGAUGUAAUUUGAUUGGUGAAUUUGAAACAAAUUUGAAGUGGUUAUUAAACCAUGUAAAAUGAUAACCUCUUCAUAACACAUCCCUGCACUGAAAACAUGCAAAAGAAAAAGAGUUGAUAAAAAAAAACGCAUUUUAGUCACGGUAGAAUGGAGAUAAACCAAUUCUGUUUUUAAAUUUGGAUAUGGUUUACCGGCUUAAUCAACAAUUAAUGAACCCCCUAAAUAUUUUAAAGGCUUCUCCAUGUAUGAAAUUUGUGUGAAUCUUACUGUUAGUACUCACUGGUCUGAGCAUCGCUUGCUUCUCUGUUGUGGAAGUGUGGACUUUGCUUGAUUCGUUCAUUGAAAAUAGCAUCACUGCACUGCAAAGAAUGGUUAUACCAUGACCUACAUAACUAGGGUUCAGGGGACCCCUAGUAAUUAAUUUCAAGAGUCCUAACAGGGUUGUGUAAAGUGGUGAAAUGGUGUAGUGUACUGUACUGUAAGAUUUGAUAAUUACCAUAUUCAACGUAAUAAGCGCCCUCUCAAAAUUAGAAAUAGGGGGCGCUUAUUAGAAUAUUAUUUUGAGUUGAAUGAUCGUAAAAUUCGUGGUUUAUGCUAACAGCCUGAAAUGUUUACAUACGACAGAUAUAUUUUUCAAGAAUUUAAUUGCCCAUAAUUAAGGGUGAUAUAACAUACAAGUGUGUAUCAUACACGAAUAAGUAAGUCUUGUUUACAUUGAUCAAUCGGAAGGGGUGCUAAUUGGGAUUGUUCAGUAGCCAAUAUAUUAGCAAAUAUCGCCGUUGGUGCUUAUUAGAGUGGGGCGCUUAUUACAUCGAAUACGGUACUUAAAUUACAGGAACUAUAUAUUUCUUGUCAAAAAUAUGAUACAAUCAAUAUCACUGUGCAUUCUCUGGAAGCAGUUAUAUCUUUCUGUGUUCAUUCUAUACAUUUGUGCAUACUAGAUGCACAUUUCUGAGUCUGUAAACCCCUGUGUUUAUUCACGGUUGAUGGAGGGAUUUAGUGUAGACAGGUUUUGACAAUGACUUAAAAUUAUGUAUGAUGAAUGUUAUUGCCAAUUGUUGGAAUUGUAACACUUAUUUUACAAGUGAAAUGUAUUUUCAACAGUCUCAUUGACAUCUGAUACAAUACCUCCCUGCUGUGAAGAUCUGAAGACACCUCCAGAGGUCGUGAACUUUCUAAUCAGCCAAUCAGCAUCGAGGCUUCUAAAUUCUUGGUAUAUGUUAGAAAAUCAUUCAGACCAAAGUAUCUGAUUUCUGUAUCUCGAAAACAAAUAUUAUCAAGGAAAUCCAAAUGCGAAAAUUUGAAGCCAUGCUAUUGUAAUGUUGUUAUUUUAUACAUUCUGUCAUGUGUGAGAGCCAUGGAAUCUUUACACAGUGUUAGAAAUUGGCACUAGUCCUAUAGUCCUUACCAAAAUGCCCAAUAGUUAAGGUAUCAUAAGGACUAGUAGAAAUUUGCCAUUUUUAAGGGUUUUGCUAUAUGUUCAUUAUAAGGACUUGUAGACUAAAACAGUUAGUUUCUAUGGCUGUUUACCCAAAAGGGUUUCGGGAAUAUGGAGAAUGUAUUUGUUUUUCGCGGCAGAGAUCGAAGUUUCAGAAUUGAUGCAGUUUUGCCAAAUUGUUUUGGGGUGCUGGCAUUUGAUUAGCUUGAGAACCCACCUGUCUUUCAUUUUGAUAGGUCGGGAAGGUCACUCCGGGUUCGCCUGUCACCUACCAUGGAGGAGUCAAAUUUUGGCACAGGCAGGUAUCAUAUAUAGGAGU